CGAGAACCGCCAGCAGCGCAAUUUCUGACACCAGGCCUUUACGCCUUCGUCCCGAGAAGCGAUCGGCGUCAAACGCUCUUCACCUGCCCCAUAGAAGGCGAAGAGUGCGAACUAGCCUGCGCUCGAGUCCUACUUGGCUCAACACUCCCCCCUCAUCCAUCCUGUUUUCAGCGGUAAGCUUCAUAGCAGUCCGCGCUGCACUAGAAACCCGAUCCUUGCUGGCGUGCCCCAAUACCCCGCAAGCGGGAUCGACUUAAGCUCCCUCAGAAUAUUUCCGAGACCACCGCCAUGGAGGCAGGGCCUUCCCGUCCCACGCUGAAAAGGGCGUGCCCGGACGCUGACUGCAGCCAAUUCGCCCAGACUCCCAGGGGACUCUGCCAGAUCGCACCAGUCGGCGACGCCCCGGUUGACACGACCAUUGAUAUCAUCGCCAUUCACGGCUUGGACACCGAGUCUCCGCGGACAUGGGAGUUCAAGAACAAAGGAGGGGGCCGGGUUGUGAACUGGCUGUCGGACCGCGACAUGCUGCCGGCGGCCCUACCAGAGGCCCGCAUAUUCACCUACGACUGGAACGCAAAUUACUUCAAAGAUGCGCCGGUGCAAACGCUACUCGGCCAUGCCGACACGCUGCUCGGUCUCGUCGCCGAAGGUCGAGGUUUGCAAACGCGACCGAUCAUCUUCAUCGCCUCCUGUUUUGGGGGGCUUAUCUUGGCCGAGGCUAUCAAUCGAGCGGCCCAGACAGGCAGCGCGUACGGACGUGUUUUGCUUUCCACUGUCGGAAUUGUGUUUCUCGCCACUCCGUUCCAAGGCAGCGAUGCCGCCAAGCAGGCUCGGUGGCAGGUGCUUGUUACCGGCAUUAUGGGAAACCAGGCCUCUGACCGUCUCAUACAAGACCUCGAGCAGAGACACGACUUCGUUCUCCAACGGGUUCAGAAAUUCACGGAGAUCGUGAACGCCGAGGCGGUGCGGCUGCCUCUGCAUUGUUUUUUCGAAACCAGGAAGACGGAGAUGUUAAACCGCAUCCUAUCGCGUGGUUGGGCCAAGCGGCUCUCUACUGGAGUGACCCACAGGAUGCUUGUGACGGACUCUUCGGCCUGCCUUCAUGGCUUUCCUCGCCAGGGGCUAGAUGCAAACCAUUCGCUCAUGAACAAAUUCCAGGGGCCAGAUUGCCCCAACUUUAAACUCGUCAAAGAUGCUCUCAGACAGUUCGCUGACAACGCAUCGGCUGUUUUGGGACGCCGGAAGACCUCCGCCCCGGACCAGCACUGGAUCGUCCCGUUCGGACGUAACAAGGAAUUCGUCGGCCGUGAACCGAUUCUCAAGGACCUUCUCGCCAGGGUCCCUCCUACCGUAGAUAAGGAUGACUGCCAGCGGACCGCCAUCGAAGGCUUGGGAGGGGUUGGAAAGACGCAGAUCGCCCUCGAGGCCGCCUUUCGCGUCCGCGAUGCGCAUCCGGACUGCUCGGUCUUCUGGGUUCCGGCCGUGGAUGGCACCAGCUUUGAGAACGCAUGCCGCACAAUCGGCCAGCAGCUCAGGGUACAGGGGAUCGACGAAGAGAAAGCAGACGUCAAGGCACUUGUCAAGACAGCCUUGAGCCGCGAAAGUAUGGGCAGCUGGCUUUUGAUCGUCGACAAUGCCGACGACACAGACCUUCUCUUCGGCGACACUGCCCUCGCCGACUAUCUUCCAUUCAGCCGGAGUGGAUCUAUUUUAUUCACCACGCGGAAUCACGAAGUCGCGCUAAAUCUAGUCGAAUCCGAGAGGCGUGCCAUCCCAGUUGAAGAGAUGAGUAGAGACGAAGCUCUUGAGCUGUUGAAGACAAGCUUGAAGGAAGAGCAGAUCCGCGAUAUCACAAGCACGACAGCAUUGCUGGGAUUUCUUGCCAAUCUCCCUCUGGCGAUACGGCAGGCGUCUGCUUAUAUCGCAAAGAUGCAGAUCUCGACGACACAAUACCUUGAGUUGUUCAAGUCUAGUGACGAGAAUAUGAUCAAGCUGUUGAACGAGGGCUUCGGCGACCGACAUCGAUAUAAGAGCAUUCAAAAUCCCGUUGCCACAACUUGGCUGAUUUCGUUCCAGCAUAUCUCAGAUCACAAUCCGCUAGCGGCCGACUACCUCAGAUUUAUGUGCUUCCUAUCCGAGAAGGAAAUUCCACAAUCUUUGCUGCCGCCGGCUGGGCCGCUAAAGACGGUUGAAGCGAUCGGGACUCUAAAGGCGUACGCAUUCGUCACACAACGUGAAGAAUCAGAUACAUACGACAUCCACAGGUUGGUUCGGAUAUCGAUGCUAAGCUGGUUAGCACAAAACGGGAAGCAAAAAGAAUGGAUCGGCAGAGUGUUACAACAUCUCACAGAUGUGUUUCCCUCUCCGAAACACGAAAACAGAGACCUGUGGCUGAGAUAUCUUCCGCAUACGCAACAUGCUCUUGAGUUGCGGAAGAGUACAAAUGACAAGGAGGCACCGGCAGAUCUUCUGUCUAAUGUGGGUGGGAGCUUUUAUAUGUUAGGAAAAUAUCAAGAUGCGAGUCAAAUGUUUCGGCAGGCCCUGGAGUUGACGGAGAAGGUGCUAGGCAAGGAGCAUCCCAACACCCUCACAAGCAUGGGCAGCCUUGCAACCGCGCUUUGGGGCCAGGGGAAGUAUAAAAAGGCCGAGCAGAUGCAUCGGCAGGCCCUGGAGUUGAAAGAGAAGAAGGUGCUAGGCAAGGAGCAUCCCGAGACCCUCACAAGCAUAAGUAACAUUGCAACCGCGCUUUGGGGCCAGGGGAAGUAUAAAGAGGCCGAGCAGAUGCAUCGGCAGGCCCUGGAGUUGAAAGAGAAGGUGCUAGGCAAGGAGCAUCCCAACACCCUCACAAGCAUGGGCAGCCUUGCAACCGCGCUUUGGGGCCAGGGGAAGUAUGAAGAGGCCGAGCAGAUGCAUCGGCAGGCCCUGGAGUUGACGGAGAAGGUGCUAGGCAAGGAGCAUCCCAACACCCUCACAAGCAUGGGCAGCCACGGAGAAGGUGCUAGGCAAGGAGCAUCCUAA